AUGGUGCUGCACCGCACGUCUGUGUCUGUGCGCAGGCGUCUUCAGCGGCUUAUCAACGAAGAGGAGCUCGGCGACCGGCGACCAUCAGAAUUUCUACAUUGCAUGUGGCGGCUUCUCAGUGACAGUAUGCAGGACUCAACCAGCCCGCUGCUGCGAGAACUGUUCUUUCAUUGCCUGCCGCAGAAUGUAGUUAUUGCCUUGGCUACCGCACCAGACGACCUGUCCCUUGACAAGCUGACGGAGGUGGCCGAUUGCGCUCUUGACUAUGCAGCGAGAGGUACUGUGGCGACGGCAUCUACCGUUCCGCUGUCGCAACUCGAAGACCAGCAGUCGCGCCUUGAGCAACUGAUCGAUGACCUUGCCGAGACUGUUAAUGCACUACGACCUCCAUCCCACCUGUGUCGAGGAGACCGCGAUUCCUGUUCCAGAUUGUCUCCUAGGUCUAGCUCAUGUUCAAGCCCUCGUCGCCGUGCAUACUGCUGGUGCCACAGCAACUUGGUGCCAGCGCACGUCAGUGCCGUUGCCCUUGAGGCUGGCAGGGAAACAUACCGCAGAGCCAAUAAUGGCGGCCAGUGA